CAGCUGCAGCAGUGGAAUACAGAUGAACCACCUUGAAUCUUGGACCUCAUUGAGAUUCGCGUUGUACUUCUGCCUUCACACUCUGCUUGCCGCACGCCACAAGGCACGGAGAGGAGACAUCAGUCGGUCUAAAGGCGGACUUCAAUCCGCGGCGCUUAGGUCCCACUGAUCGUCCUGUCAAGCGCGGUUUAUUUCCUCAUCUGAGAAAAUAGCUUGCCGGGCUGUCGCUGGCCACUGACUUGAGGACUUCAAGUGAUUCAAAUUAACACAGGCGGGUCUCCAAGGGAUCCGUGGAGCGAUCGGGAUUGCAGCGGUAGGGUUCGUCUUACAUCCGUAUUGCGGUGACGAUGUCCGAAAGCCCAGACCCUGCGAUACCCAAGGACCCGUCGCUGUCGUACCGCUACUGGGUGGGCCCGCGGGGAAAUGGCGAGGAGAAGGCAGCUCCACCGCCUAUGCCGAGGAGACUAAGUCAAGAAGAGCUCGCGAGCUUACAACGCAACGACUCCAAGGGAUCGGCUUGGAACCAAGGUGGCACGUGGGAGGAGAAAUCGCUCAACGACUGGGCCAAGCAACGACUGAAGGAGCUGCUGCGUUGCUCGUGUCCAGCCGUCAUCGGCCCUGCUACCUACACCCUCUCCACCGAAGUCGACUCCUGCUCUGGCGAUACGACAAUCGUGGUUGUGCGCAAUAAGAGGAGGCAUGGCUACAUCCUUGACAUCAGCCUCAAGCUCUCAGCCAGGAGCUCUACAGCAGACGCCAAGGAGGUCUCUGGCACUCUGACCGUACAUGAUGCCACUUUCGGCGAAGUGGACGACUGGGAGCCUGAGGUGAAGGUGGAGCAGUCGAAAGGCAAGCUGACAGACUCUGAGGCGGCGCAGGCACACAAGGAGGUGAAGCGCCUGCUGCUGCCGCUCCUGCAGGGGCAGAUGCACGUCUUUGAGUCGGAGCUGUUGCAGAGGUAGAAGCAGCAGCAGCUGUGAACAGAACCAGUUUGAAUGGGACGACAGGGUAGCAUUUUUUGUGGGCUAGAUGCUGUGAUGCAAUGCAACUGACGCAUGUCUUGAAUGCAGUGCUCCUUUGAUAGCCACAAUGGGGUUUUACAAUGGUUUCAGCUUAAAACCAUGUCCAAGUCGGCAGAUACAGUGUUGAAACAUUGAUUCGAAGCUCUAGUUGAGGUCU